GACGGGCAUCAACCAAUAAUGAAUCUACAUUGAACCGCGUGCAUACAUUAACAUCAGUCAGUACUUGAAGGGACAGACUAGAAACAUGGACAUACUCCCGAUCAUGGCAGUAUAGUGGAAAAUGAAACCGGAAGACACAUCGGGAUAAAACCAGCUUUAUAAAUACUGGCUACAUCAUGAGUAAGAACCAUGGUAUAGCCAUUGUAUCAGGAUAACAAAGGACAGGGCCUCUCUCAAAUGGACCUCGGACAGCGAUAAAUCGGUUACUGGAUCCUAGACGAUAAUGGCAAAAUCAACAAACCUAUCACUGAAGUUGUGUAACGUUCUCUCGACUAAACGAGUCAUACCGACCAGAUUUUGUUUGGAGAGGGUGUUAUGACUAACAAUGUGCUAACGGAAGUAUUUCAGCACAAAUAAGUAAUUUUGUACCUUAUUUGGUUUAUUAGGCUGUGUUGUUUUAAAUUCUGACCAUGUCCGCCCUAGGUGGCUCCGCCGCCAUCAUCGAGGAUGCCGAUGUGGAAGCUAAUGUUUAUGCAAUAGAUUUUAGUUUUAACCAGCGCCCCUCAGUUGACAUAGGGGUGGAAAAUCUAAACUACACAGUUAACCCCAAAAACAUGUCGGUUUGGCAGCGGAUAUCUGCUCUCCAGUUUCCAUGGGAAUGGACCGACGAUUCCGAACCCAGGACUGUGCUAAAAAAUGUCUCAUUUUCUGUUACAAGUGGGAAGAUGCUGGCCGUUUUGGGAAGUUCAGGAAGCGGCAAGACCAGCUUGCUCGAUGUGCUUGCCGGUCGAAAUGAUGGUGGUGAGGUCAGAGGAGAAAUUUAUCUCAAUGACGUAGCUCGCACAAACUCUAUGAUCCGCUCAUGCUCUGCCUACGUCAGACAAGAUGACCGUCUUUUGGCACAUUUGACUGUGAAGGAAACUCUUAUGUUCGUUGCUCAAUUAAAAUUACCGACUACCAUGACAAUGAAGCAGGUCGAAAAAAGGGUUGAUAUGGUCAUCUCGGAACUCGGAUUACGCCAUGUAUCUGACACUAAGGUCGGAAACGCAGAAAGCCGAGGAGUAUCCGGUGGAGAGAGGAGGCGAGUUAGUAUUGGUGUCCAACUUCUGCUUGAUCCUAGUAUUUUGUUCCUUGAUGAGCCAACUUCCGGUCUGGACGCUUUCACAGCCCACCACCUGGUGGAGACACUGUCGAAACUUGCUCGAAACAACAGAACUGUACUUAUGUCUAUACAUCAACCAAGAUCAGACAUUUUUGAGUUAUUUGACUUGAUAAUGAUAAUGACAGGUGGAAGGCAGGUGUAUUUUGGCGAGGCCAACAAGAUGGUAGAUUAUUUUACAGAGAAAGGAUUUCCCUGCCCAGCCCUUACGAACCCGUGUGACUAUUAUGUUGACCUAGCUACUAUUGACUGUACCUCAGACGUCACGGAGACCGAGAGCACAGACACUGUGAACACAUUAAUCCAAAGAUACGAGACUAGCAGACUUGCUGGGAGUACGGAGCGAGGGAUGAGUCUCGAAUCCGAUGGGCCCACUGGUGUUGUCUCCCCUGACGAACCCUACCCCGUGAUGAAGAUGUUUGACAAUCUUGAACAUAGUCCUGGACCAUUCCGGCAAUUCUCAGUACUAUACCGGCGUUGUACUAGGAACCUGGUUGAGGACUAUUUAUUUCUGAUGGCCCAGUUUAUCCAGGCCCUGUCCAUGUCUGUGGUAGUAGGACUUGUCUACUUUAAACUGGGGCUGGACCAGAACACAGUUCGUGAUUGGUUUGGUCUCAUGUACAUCAUCGGGGCCAUGUAUCCCUACCUUGUUAUCCUCGACCUCAUCGCUCAAUAUCACAACGAAAGACAUUAUCUUUAUUACGAAAUGGAGGACGGCCUAUAUGGACCGACGCCCUACUAUUUUGCAAAGGUACUCAGUGAAUUGCCGCUGCACUCGUUCUUCGUUGUCGUGUAUGUUAUACCAGUGUUCUUUCUGGCCGGAUUCACUGUGGACGUCAAAGUGUUUUUCCAAGUGUUCGCCAUAGUGUACCUCCUGGUGUACUGUAGCCGUUCCCUGGCAAUGCUCUCCGCAGCCCUGAUGCCAACAUUUACUCUAUCCUGUUUCUUCGCACAGACAUUUUUCUCCAUGUAUAUAAUGUCAGCCGGUUUUUUCAUCAAUUUGAAAAAUAUAUUUUCAGGUUUAAAAUGGGUGUCUAGUAUAUCCUAUCUGAAAUGGGGAUUCCAGGGUCUGUGUCUCACAGAGAUACAAAACUUGACAUUUUCGUGUGGUGCUGUGCCGCCAGAACUUUGUAUUAAGAAUGGCGAAGCGGCUCUCAAACUGUACUCACUGGACGGAAACACGGUGCUGGACGCCUGCCUGGUAUUGAUGGGUUCUAUAACAGUUUAUCUCGGCAUUUACUAUCUCGGUAUGAAAUUUGUUAAACAGAAACCUCAUCAGAUGUGAUUUUUACUGAUGAUUGCAGAGACAAACAUGGCUUGAAAUCCAUUAAUCAAAACAAAAUCAAAUUUGAGAAAAAUUUCGCGAACGGGGAUUUCUGCUUCCUCUUUAAGCUGCUAUUAAUCAAUAUGCAUGUGCAAUAUGAUAAUUCAAGAAUACGGAGAGGAAAUUAAUGAAUGUUUUAGUCGAAAUAAGACAAUAAAUCCGGAUUUAUCUAAUAAGCUCUAGACAGGAUAAGCGGUUAUCAAUGGCUACCUUCAAAGUGACCACCAUACAGCUCCAACCAGGGAGUCAUGGACAGGAUGGUAUCUCAAAGAGGAGGAGGAAGAAGUGAUAUCAGAUCCACUGUGUCACCGACAGUACACGACAGGCAAAAUGCUGUGAUUAACUCAUUCAAAUGUGUUUUGAAUGAAAUUCUAUGUGAUGAUACUUUUGAAUAUUGCGUACAGUGCGCGUUUUGCGUAUUAUGCGUAUUUUUUGUAGUUUUAUCUAGUCCACAAUUUUUAACUUUAAUAUGAUCACUUAUUCCAAUUCUGCUUUUUAAAAUUAAAUUAAUAGUGAUUUUGUCCCUACUUCGCGAAUGAAUAGGUUUUAAUAUUAUGAAUAUGUCCGCCCAAAUUACUGAACAGCAUUUGCGAAUAGAAUGAGGGCAAUACUUUGAUAUGUUUGUAUAAGGGCUAACUACAGUUUCACAUUAUGAUAUGGCUAUUUGGUCUGAUUCUCUAAAGGUUUGCGAACAUCAACUUUUGGUGUGGAUGUUUCUCGACCAGAUUCAUCUGAGAUCCAGUUCCAAUAAGAUGUUUGUUAUCAUGGACAUCGUUUCAUGUUGCCUUGUAAUAUAUUGCAUCAGUAUAGUUAUGUAUCAAUAUAAAUUAUCAAUGUCAUCGUAUCGAUGCAUAUUUCGUCAUAUUUUGAUUUUUGAAUGGUAUAUGAAUAAUAACUAGUUUGUUCCUAUCUUUUUUACCCUAAAAACAAAAACUCUUAAUGUUAGAAUUUGAAAAAUGUUCAAAAUAUUAUUUAAAAAAAGAACUGCGCGUAUCUGGAAUCCCUAGUCGGUCUCAUACAAACAUUCUUUCUUUAAAAUAUCCAUUUGAAAAUGCAUGUACAUGAUAUUUUUGGCAUGCACAUGUAGCUAUGCUUUAAAAACGUUUCUUGAAUGUGGAACAGCGAUGUAUUUACUUUAGGCAAGGGAGUUAGAUAGAAGUAGUUAAUCAGCCCGAUACCGUGUUUUAUAAUGCUGAAAGCAUGGUGUGGUUUUAUUCUAUUUUGUAUUUUCUGUAUGUGUUCCAAAAAUGAAAUGAAAUACCUACUGCAAACCUGACGAAAUCUGAGUCACAAGAGUGCAUAUAUUCACUUCAUUAAUUAUCAAAAUAAAUAUUCAUCUUUACAUUUGAGUUCAACUACAUGUAUAGCAUUCCAUUUUUCACUUCUAGAUAUGAACUUAAGCUAUCAAAAUUAUGAUAUUCCGGUUUCAAGUUUAGUAUUGUUGUAUUGUUAUAAAAUUUAAUUGAAUUUUGUUUUAUUAUCGCAAAAUGAUUGUUUUUUAGUAAUGAUUCUUUAUUUUGAUGAGUUGUAAUCUUUCUUAUGAUGAAUCUAAAUGUUCAUGGUGUUUAUUUAAAGUCCCUGAUAUACCAGGCAUUCUUCUCUUUUGAUUUUACAUUGCUGUAAAGCAUCCACACGGUCGGAGUCCGUUUGCCAAAUAGUCCUACCUCAGAUUCAUAGAUUUACAGAUAUAUUGUAUGGAUUACGUCUGAGGUGUGGUAUAUGGUUAUUCUGACCAAUAGCGCGAUACACUAUAAGGACUUAUUGUUAUGUAUUGAAAGGGAAUACUAGUAGAACAUUUUUAUUAUUUUCCCAUUCUCGCAUUUGAGACAAAAAGUCGCAGAAACUCGGUGUCGCUCAUGUGAAAAGGCAUGAUGUGAUAUAGACGCAAUUCAAUUGAUCGAAAUCCAGGGUAAAUUUAUCAUGGACAUGAUUUGUUGUACCGAAAUUUAAAUACAUGUAGCGUAUCAUCUUUCCCGUGCCAUAUAGAAACAGCCUCGUAAUGAAUGCUAUCAUGGUAUACAAAAUGUAAAAGCUACAUGUUAUGAUAUUAAAAGUUUUUUUCCAUUUCUUUUUUUUUCGUUGUAUACUUAUUGUAUUUUACCUCAUCAACAAAUAUUUAGUCGAUACCUGGAUGAGGAGUAUAUAGUUAUGAAUGCAAUAGCCCGUUUGUUAUGGAUUGUUUUGAAUCUUUAUGAUAAUUUUUGAAAAGGGGUUUAUUUUUAUUCAAUUCUUUCAGUAACUGGCCUGGUAUUUAACAAAUAACUAAUAUUAUAGUUUUAUCUAGACGAUCUAUUGGCUCCGAGCUUUAAAAAUUGUCCAGCUAAAUUCCAAAACUAGAAUAUCUUCAACCAGUAGAUAUAUCCUAGAGACCACAAUUAUAAAGGUCAUUAUUUAUAGUCUUCACAUUCAAGAUGCAAUGACAUAUCAUCGUUAAUUAUUGUUUUUUAAUUGUAUGUUUUAAUGAAAGGUAAUUAAAUGUCAACCGACUAUUAGGAG